AUGUGAGUCACUACACUCGUAACAAAAUAUUGGAUGUCGGGGAUGUCAACCUUGGAAUACGCGGAUUUAUGAAAACUACGGGUUAUAAUAUCGCUACUAUUUUCGAUGCAAAAUUCCCAGGAAAGCUUGAUGACACUCUAAUAAAUAGGCUUUGCUUGUUAGUAGUAUGUCAGCAUGAAUUUCACACUGAGUUUUGGUCUACAUUGCCGAUCAGUGAAUGGCAUCUUAUAUCGAAACACGCUUCUCGAUGGGACAUUGAUUGUGAUUACACUACUGAAUUGCAUAUCAUUCUGAAAGCUGCCGUAUCUCUUUCUUUUCGCUAUGGUUUUAUUUUCGGAAAUGAGGAUUUUGGCCCUCAUCAGAUCGUAUUGUAUGCUCUCAAUGUAUCCAACAAAAAUGUUGAUAUUACACUCACUGAAGCCUUGGCUAAUAGUUUAAAAAGUCUUCGUUCUCUCACAGACAUUAGUUCUGUAUCUUGGAUCAAGUCUCCAAGGGUCUUAACACUUCUUCAAGGUCUCUCUAGGGAAACAAAUGUUCAUGUUUUCAAAAAUACCGUUAUCAUAUGUGCAUUUAUUUUUCUUCAUCUUCUUGCAGAUGGCAAGCUUGAUGCUAGCCAAGAGCCUUUCAAUGAAUGUUUUCAGCUGUCAGCUUUUGGUACUGAAGUAUUAUUCCUAAUUGCAGAAUUGAUUAAUAAGUUUAAUGUAGAAUUUGAUACUUUGCAAAUACCGGAUACAUUUCAAUUUAGCGUGACUACUUUUGAUUCAUUUCCUUCAGAACUACAAGCUAAGUUGCUCUUUUUGGUUUUCACUCGUAUUGUGAGCUCACCAUCAACCAACAGUGAUUGGGUUUCAUAUUUGAAGUCUUUACGUAACUUCCCUGAGCUAUGUGCCUCGAUAAUCAGGUUUUGUUUAAAAUCCAAUAAGAAACUGUGUAAUGAGAUGUGGAAAUUUGUCAUAGAUGAAUGGUCUAUUUCUUUGCAUACGUGUUUGGAAAACAAUGAAGUUGAUAAUCUACUUCGUAUUAUAAACCCAGUUUGUCUGUAUACAAAUGCUUCGCUCCAUAUAGAAUCUGGGAAUGAAUUAUUAAAGAAAAUUCUGUCUGUCGUUAUGAAAAACUCAAAUUCUGUUAAGGGAAAUAAAGUAGACAAGUACCAUGCAAGGUUGUGGGUCUUGUCAAGAAUUCUAGUCCAUUGUUCACCAUCUUCAAUAGUUUCAUUGUCGGAUGUAACUGAUGUCGCGGACUACUUAGUAUCUUGUUGUAGCAAUUCUUUUUCCGAUCCCAUGACUUCUAGUAUAGAUGCCGCGUUUAACUUUUUUGAAGAAGUUUGUCUUCUCUACUGGAGCUCAAAACAGUCAGUAAUUGAUAAACUGAUUUUUAAACUCUUUGAUUCACUUUUGACUACAGAUAAUCCAAGGAUUUUUUCUACCUUCUCAUUUCAUUUUAUUCACCUUAUCGAAGAAUUAUCUUAUAAAUACAACUGUCUAGAGGUAUAUAGUACAUUUUGGAUUUGCCUUUUCAAACUACUGAAUAAAGUAAAUGAUCAGAUACUAAACCAAUCUCCCAUGUUUGAUGUGUUUAAUAAUGAAGGAUUACUGGAUGUAACUGUUGCAAUUUUAAAAAUUCUUAGUCGCGAAACAUAUAUAUUAUUGUGGACAAGUGAAUGUAAACUGUUAUUUUCUGUGUUUGUUGAUAGUCUCAUGUCGAGACUUGGUGUCGGUAAUUUUAUAAACGAUGCUUCCUUUCGUGGGCUUUCCCUUUCAACCUUCAUUAUCUUCAUCGUCUGUGAGUAUCAUAAUAAUAACACAAGUCCCCAUUCAAAGGAUCACAAUCGUUCAAUUGAAUGGGCUUAUAGAUCAUAUGAUUAUCUUGUAAAUUUUGACCUAAUGGAAUUGACAGAAUCAAAGUGUGUUUCCAAAACACUGUGGAAUACCGUCAAAUAUCUUGAGAAAGAAUCUGAAGAAUAUCCGAUUGAUCUAUGGAAAAAUAUUCUUUCAUCAAUUACAAUGAAAUGGAAGACAGAUCUUGGUGAAGAGUACUUUUUAUCUAUACAAGAGUUACCUCUCCUAAAUUAUUGUCCCAAUUGUAAAGAGAAUAUUGAAGAAUUAUUAGAUGAUAUAAUUAUUUCAAGUACCAGUAAUGUGACCGCUGAUUGUACAGAAGGUUAAUUUUUCCCAAGCGGACAAAUAUUAUCUUGGUGUAUAUCUCGAAAG